CUUCUGUGUAUAAGCACCUAAAGAUAGGUACUAGGCACCACCUACCUGCCAUUACUACUAUCUACGACCGACACGUUCGACCCUGGUCCUCAUCCUUAAUCCUUGCUCUCCAGAUCCAGUGUAGUCCUGUGGGGAUUACGGCGCAAUCACAGAUUCCUUUCUCCUUCAGCUGCUGUUGUGUCCUCUUCACUUCGGUCGGGAGUUCAGUUCGCCGCUGAGAAAAAAAUAAACCAGAAGGCAAAAUCCCCUCGCCUCGUCGCAUCUCCUCUCGCCGCAUCUCCUUCGACAACCGACACCCGACACACCCCAUCCUAUCGCACCGCACCGCAUCGAGCACCAUGCCGGACAAGUGGGUGGACUGGAAUAAGACCACGAGGUCGAAAGACUAUCGGGGGUCCUCGUCCUUCGCCACCUUCAUGAUCAUCGGCCCGACCUGCUUCUUCCUGGGCAUCCUGUUCGCGAUGUUGCCGUACGACUACCCGCUGCUGUGGACGAAGGAGCCCAUCUCGGCGGCGUACCUGGACGAGCUGGAGACGCACCUGAAGUUUGUGCACCAGUCGCCGGCGCUGAUCCCGCGGGUGCUGAGCAUCGCGGUGGGGGUGGGGUUCCUGGGGUUCUUCAUCAAGCUGUUCCGGGCGUCGGAGUCGAACAUGCUGUUCGACGGGGCGUCGCUGGUGCUGUACCUGAUCGGCGUCGGCGUCUACGUGGCCAACAUCGUCAAGGGCCUGCGCCUCGUCAGCGCCGGCGCCUGGCCCGACGCGUCCACCGUCCUGCCCCGCCCCGGCAAGGACCCCCUCACCGGCGGCGAGGUCAUCCUCGGCCGCCAGGACAGCCUCCAGGUCAUGGCCGCCAGCAACACCAUCCUCGCCCUCGUCCUCGUCGGCGUCCUCGUCCUCCAGGCCGGCCAGUGGUACGCCGAGCGCAAGGACAACGAGGAGUUCGAGAAGCUUGCCCGCCUGGACCAGGCCGCCGACGCCAGCGCUGCCGCCGCCGCCGCCGCCACGGCCACCGCGGGCGCGUCGAGUCCGACGGCCGACAAGACCAAGAAGAAGCAGUAGGGGAGCGCGCGGGGCAGAGGACAGUCGGCGCGGAGGAUCAGGAAAGAGGACAUCUCGUGUUAUAAUAUACAGUGGUGGUUUUUUCUGGCUUCUUGGUUCUGAAAAGAGAAAACGCAGUUGGCUUUUCGGGUCGCGCUCUUGCCCGCAUCGCCCCCGCCACAGCGCGAUUCUGAGGGGGGGGGGCUUGUUACAGAGGAUGUGCGACGCGGCCAUCCCGUACGAAGAUAGCGAGGAAGAAAAAAAAACCCCAAUACACACGCCCCGGCGAAAUUCGCAGCAAGCGGAACGAGCAGAUUAAACUGUGCGGAUCUAGUCUAGAUAACCAGUAAGCUGAUGGAAUCGAGCCCAAGCACCCUGACCUUCUCGAUAGGCUGUAGGUAAUCGAUAAAGAUGAAAUAUAUAAGGGCGGGAGGAGAAGUGCGGCGGUAGCCGAAGCCAGCGUCUCCUAAGCCCGUGUUGUUAUCAUACGUAUCUAAU